AGCACCAGUUCACCGUCAGUCAGCUGCUGAAUAUCUUUCUCAUUGGGUUGCGUUAUCUGAUACCUCUGAUACCAAUCGUAGGCGGCGAAGCUUAACAGAAAUCCCUUAACCUGUUCAUUAAUUUCAAUUGUGUUCGAUUUAAAUUGUUUUUCAUUUCCUUAUUAUAGUAUAACAUGGAAUUCACGGGUAAAGUAGUAUUAAUUACCGGUGCAUCGUCAGGCAUUGGUGAAGGAACGGCAAAAUUUCUAGCAAGGUAUGGUGCAUCUUUGGUACUAACCGGACGUAACAAAGACAAUCUGAAUAAAGUUGGCGAAGCUUGUGAAGCCAUAUCGAAGCAAAAGCCACUACUUCUGAUAGCGGAUGUUACAAAAGAGGAUGACAAUAAACGAAUUAUAGAAGAAAUUUCAUGUAAACUAGGUCGGUUAGAUGUUUUGGUAAAUAAUGCAGGUAUUAUCGCAAACGGGUCCAUUGAGAAUACAAGUCUGGAACAGUAUGAUGAGGUUAUGAAUACAAACGUCAGGGCGGUGUACCAUUUGACAAUGUUGGCCGUUCCCCUGUUGAUCAAAAGUAAAGGUAACAUAGUGAACCUAAGCAGUGUGGCAGGAAAUAGAUCGUUUCCGGGAAUUUUGGCAUACGGAAUAUCAAAAGCCGCAAUAGAUCAGUUUACACGAUGUGUUGCUUUGGAGCUGGCAGCGAAACAGGUUCGUGUGAAUGCGGUGAAUCCUGGAGUGAUUGUUACCGAUAUUCAUAAACGAGGAGGAAUGGAUGAGAAAGCUUAUGCUGAGUUUCUCGAAAAAUGUAAGCAAACUCACGCGCUGGGUCGCCCCGGUGAACCAGAGGAAGUUGCCGCUACCAUAGCGUUUUUGGCAUCGGAUGCAGCUAGUUUCAUAACUGGAGUAACGCUUAAUGUUGAUGGUGGGCGUCAUGCCAUGUGUCCUAGAUAGACCAUUAUGACGAGAGUGGAAUUACAAUAAAUAAACCGUCAUGCCUUAUAAUUAGACGUUUUAGAUUUAUGAAAUUAGUAAAUAUACAAUCAAUAAAUUUUUUGGACAUGUUAA